AUGCCUCGGCCAACAACCAUGAGAGCCUGGCAAUAUACUAGCACGCAUGGCGGUCUCGAGAAGAACCUCAACCUCAACCAAUCCGCCGCCAUACCCUGGCCAAAGCACGAUCAACAUCUCGUGCAGGUGCUUGCAGUGGCACUGAAUCCCAUCGACUACAAGCCCGCAGAACUUCGACUCCUCAGUCGUCUGGCCAUCCCGAAGCCAGCAACCCCGGGCCUCGACUUCGUGGGGUACCUCGUCACGCCGGCUGCAGGGUCAUCCCUGAAACCGGGUCAACUCGUCCAUGGCGUCACGGGCACGGUACCCAUGGCGGGCGGCGGUCUGGCCGAAUACGCAGUCUCCAAGCGAGAACAAGCGGUCGCUGUGCCCAAGGGGAUCGACCGCACCGACGCCGCCACUCUGGGUGUCGCAGGACUGACGGCCUACCAAACGAUCGUCCCCUACGUCAAAGCCGGGGACAAAAUCUUCAUCAACGGCGGGUCCGGCGGAACAGGCAUCUUCGGAAUCCAGAUCGCCAAGGCGCUCGGCUGCUCCGUCACAACCAGCUGCUCCACGGUGAACGUGGAGCUCUGCAAGACCCUCGGCGCGGACAGCGUCAUCGACUACAAGAAACAGGGCGUCCUCGAGGCGCUGAAAGCCAGUGGCCACAAAUUCGACCACGUCGUGGACAACGUGGGCAUGGAUUUCGAGCUCUACUGGAAAUGUCACGAGUAUACGAGGCCCGGUGCGGUGUUUAUGAACGUCGCUGGACACAUCACGCUGUCUUACUUCUGGGACUCGUUUCUGCGGCGCGUGUGGCCGGCCUUCCUGGGUGGCGGCCAGCGAAAGUCGCAGGGAUUCUUCGCGCAGGCGAAACCCGAGCAGCUGGCCCAGAUCACGGCCUGGAUGAAGGAGGGCAAAGUGAGGGCCAUCAUUGACUCGAAGUUUCCGUUUGAACAGACCCCGCAGGCGAUCGCGAAGCUGAAGACCUCGCGCGCGAAAGGCAAGAUUGUCGUCGAGGUCUCUUCAAAAGACUUCAGGCCUCCGGAGGGCCGGUAA